AUGCGCAACUCACACCAAAAGGACGAGUUCAUGGCAAAGAAAAAGUCGCUCUCGAUCCACAUCGACACCUCUCUCAUCGGCCCUCACGGCAUGCCCCUCGUCUACGGCUCUACUCCCAAUCACAUCGGAUCCAUCCGCGGCUCCGUCCGCUUCUCUUCCAACUACGACUGCAAGGGACGUGAUAUCCAAAUCAUCUACGAGGCAUGGUCCGAGUCUCGCUGGACAGCAAUGGAGAACAAGAAGGUGGUGCAACACCGUUCAAGAAAAGUGCUCGGAUCCCAGACAUGGUCCUUCCCCCUCGUCCACACAAAGAGCAACGGCUCAACCGUCGUCCGCGGCGACUACGAACAAGAAUUUGAGGCUCACUUCAUCAAACCUUCUCCAUCAAAUCCUUCUACAUCCUCAACUCGCACAUCUUGCGACAGCACAUCUUCCAGAUCAACAACAUCUUCAUCCAACUCCACCCACAGCCACAGCCUCAACCACCUCCGCACACCACCACUCUCCUGCUCCUCCUCAGCGAUAUCCAUCCACUCUACCACUUCCACAUCCUCAACAUCGUCUCGCACAAACACAACCUUGCCAUCAAGCAGUACAAACCCCAACUUAACCGUCAAAUACACCAUCCGCGCUGUCCUCACAAGGCCCUUCCCCUCCUCCAACGUCGAGGCUUCUCAGGAAGUGUGGGUUGUUCAUUCCAAUGGCAUCCCUCCUCCUUCUAAGAAGCUUACCGCCGCUUCUCCUCUUCUUCACAUGGAGUCGUCUCCUGUUGAACAACAGUCGACAAACUCUUUGGAUGGUGAGACUACUACAUCGACAUCGACAACGAUACCGUUCAUGUCGACACCAGCAAGCAAGAUUGCCAGCGACUGGUCUGCAUCUUCUCAUCCCACCAAAAAGGUCACCCCCAUGCCCCCCACACCCUACGGACGCAAUCAGCUGGUAGUAUUUAUGUACUACUUUUGCGCAAUCGUCCUCGGUCUCGGCCUCUGCAAGCAUUACUCUGGAGUAAUCGCUUCUUCCUCUUUCUAA